AUGCUUCAUACAGCUUUAGCUGUUGACCCUACAGUCUCUAUAACAGAACCUGUUGACUAUUCUGGUAAGAAGAUUGUAACUGCACUUAAGAACUCUGAUGUUGCAUUGGUAUGUGUUGUCACUAACAAAGUGGCAGACAAUCAGGUAACAUGGUUUUACCAGAACAAGAAUGGAUCUGAUAUAAAUAUUGGUACUCACACUAGUUCCAGAAACCCUCAAAAGUAUACAAUUAUUACUAUGACCCCAACUUCCUGGCGUUUAACAAUCCAAAACAUCCAGGUCUAUGACGAAGGCCCAUACAUUUGUGGUGUACAGAUCCAGACAAAAAUCUACAAGAAAGACAACAGAACAGUCAUCGUUAUUGAAAAGCCAAAGAUUGUAGAUAUGAAAACAAGCAGUGACACAAGUGUUGACAUUGGAGAAGAAUUGAUCCUGACUUGUGGUGCCAUUGGUCGUCCCACACCUCGAAUUAAAUGGACCAGACUGGCUGGAGCUGACUUACCAGAUGGAGGCAAGGAAUUAUGGGCAAAUAAUCUUCGCAUAUCCCAAAUUGAACCAACUGAUCGAGGAAAAUAUAUCUGUCGAGCAAGUAAUGAAGCUGGAGAAGAUGAAAGAAUAGUAUCAGUGUUGGUAAGAUUCCCUCCUAUCAUAGAUGUAGACCAAAAUCCUGUCUAUCAGGCUAUUGGCUACACAAAAGCUCUAGUCUGCAUCAUUGAGGCUUAUCCUGAAGUUGGGCCAAAGCAGGUGACAUGGACAAAAAUGGGAGUUCCUUUUGAUAUGAAUUCUGGCAACUAUGAGAUAAAACACAUUGUUGGAGCCUUCAAUAGAAUUACCAGCAAAUUUGUAAUAAAACGAGUAAUGAGUGAGGAUUAUGGUGUCUAUAUUUGCAAGGCUAACAAUGCAAAAGGAGUUCGUGAGAAGAAAAUCUCUUUAGAAGAGGUUUCAGAACCAACACCAGAUUCAACUGGAAGAAUCAACAGCAGUUCAGCAAACUUGAUGGAUGUAAUAUUGCUGCUGUUAGGUAUUGUUUUGUAUGAUACACUGUCCAUCAGGUUAUAA